AUGAAGAUCCGCCUUUUGUCUACAGUAAUUGCCUUACUCUGCGCCACUCACUCUACAGCGAUCCAUUUCGUGAUGAAUGACUUUAAAUUCAUAGCCGUAUUUGACCCAACUGUGUUCAGGAAUGUCCCUGUCAAACACAUGGAUUUUAUAGACUACUAUUGCUCUCCUACCCACCAAUAUAAUCAAAAACAUAUUGAUCAAGUCAUAACAUUCGCCAAGGCUAUUUUUGAAACACGAAAGAAAUAUAAAAGAGAGCGUCGCAUUAAAUGGUACCCGGUCAAGAAAUAUAUUAAUGGGUUUCUAAAAAAGGGACCUUUUAGAAUCCAACCGAUAGCUCCCGGCUCAGAUAUUCCCCCUUCUGAUGAAAAUUUAUACAAAGAUUACGUCAUCAUGGACUUGGACUUUCGGUUUAUUACAAUAAUCUACUUUACAGGUGGUAAUUGGAACCAUAUGUAUUUUAAUGAAUGUCUUCCGUUAAACCUAAAACGAAUGAUUUCAAAGGUUGCCAUGUAUAAUCCAAGACCUGACCUCUUGCUCCCUGACGUAGCAGAAUUUGAAAGAAUUAAAUUUCAGAGGGAAUGGGAAAAUAGCAAGCGAAAGAAUAAUCCUUUGUAUUAUCCGAAAAAGACCAAUCCACCAAAGGAUGAAAUGCAUCCUGUCAAAAUUUUAUCCAAAACAAGUAAUUCUAAUCAAUUGGAUGAAACCACCUCAUCAAGUUCUCAUCCCAUUCAUAAUGAUGAUAACGACAAAAUUGUCUCAAGUAUCAUACCUAGUAAAGAAUUACUACCGGAUUCAAAACAAAAUUUGGAACCGAGUAAAUCAAUACCAAUGUCAGCAGAUAGAGACGACAAAGACAUUUUGGUGUACCCUAACACCAUGGCUGUAUCUCCAGACUUGAAUCAAGCGAUUGGGAACCCGGUGCAAAGUUCAAGAUCCGCUUCUCCGAAUCGUCAGGGGUCGCCGGAGAUUGGACGCGGUCGAUCUAGAUCUAGAUCAUCAUAUCAAACUGAAAAUAGAAAUAGAGAAAGCCCUACAUGGAGAUCGGCCUCAUCAAACCUGAGUCAUGAUGAAAAGGUACAAAACCAAGACUCUAGGUCCAUCUCUCCAAAUACUAAACAUUUGCCGGAGGUGGAUAGGAGUGGUGCAAGUUCUGCAUCAUUAGAAAGUAACAAGGAAGAAGAAAGAUCGGAUCAUGAGUCACAGCCUAAUUCUCUAGAAGAACACAAAAUAAACUUAGAACUAGAUGAUACUUCAAAAUUUCCAUCACUACAGGAAGCACAGCUGGUAAAAUCUUCUCCUAAGCGGGGUAAUAUAAAAAACUCCCAAUGGCCACGUUUAGAAAAGAAAAAAAAGGCUACAGGUAACGUAAAGAAGCAAGUAAAAAUAACAACAAGUAAACCAGGGUAUUCUGUGCAAGAUAUGAUUCCAGACCAGAAUUUAAAUAAUAAGGUAGAAUCAUCUAAAGGAAGCGAUAAUUUUUUGAUAGGUUCGGAGGCUUAA